AUGAGAAAGAGCACCCCCCCUCCCCACUUCCCUCGCCUCGCUAAACCGCCCGCCGCUCCCUCCUCUCCUGCUCUGGGCUCCGGCCGCUUUCUUCUUCGCUGGCACCGCCGCUGCCGCUGCCGCCACGGCCCCCGCCGUCUCCAGAUUACCAUGGGUUCUGUUGGCACUGGAUUGCUGAAGGGCUUGAGGAGAGUCUUAGAGAAGCAAAGGAAACCAGUUGAUUUAUGCAGAACAUCACGAGCUUGGAGUUCUACAGUUUCUUUCUCUGAUAUUGAUGAGAAGGAUGACAUGGGUGAUGAUGGCGAUUUGAAAGAUUCAAGGAGAGAGUUAGAACCCCAAAGCGUGGACCCAAAGAAGGGCUGGGGAUUCCGUGGUGUUCAUAGGGCUAUAAUAUGUGGUAAAGUUGGACAAGCGCCUGUGCAGAAAAUUUUACGUAAUGGGCGGACGAUAACUAUAUUUACUAUUGGAACUGGUGGCAUGUUUGACCAGAGGGUAAUUGGGUCUGUGGAUACACCAAAGCCGGCUCAGUGGCAUCGAAUAGCUGUUCAUAGCGAGCAUCUAGGUGCUUAUGCUGUUCAGAAGUUGGUGAAAAAUUGGAACAUCUUAUCUUCAUUCAUGCCUUAUUUCAGCUCUGCGGUAUAUAUCGAGGGUGAAAUCGAAACCAGAGUCUACAAUGACGGCAUUGAUGGUCAAGUCAGGAAUAUACCGGAGAUCUGUAUUCGGGGUGAUGGUAAGAUUCGACUGGUUAAAUCUGGGGAGAGUGCUGCUAGCAUAUCACUAGAUGAGCUGAGAGACGAAUUUUUCUAG